AUGGUCGAUCGGACCGUGUAUACGGCGGAUAAGACCCCAGAUCAGCCGUUGAGACAGAUCUUGGGCCGCCAACGAGUAUCCAAUGAGCUCUGCAAGACUGCGGCCGACGCUGGAUUGCUCAAUGUGGAGACCUUCGCGAUGCUGGGCGACAACAUUGCGGGGGUCAAGGCCACUUUGAAGACAAUCAUUCCAGAUCCAGCAUCUUUCGGACCAGAUGCGCCCUCACAAGAGCUCGCGUUGACCGCUCUCGCGGCAGUUUGGAAGACCUGCUCGACCAUGCAGGACCAUUUUGCGGCUCGACGGGCCAAAAUGGAAGAGGAUCCAUCGAAAGUUCCUGAGAUUCCCGGCGAAGAUCAUGCCGAAUUUAGAGAGACUUUCGUAGCUCGGCACCCAGAUGUGGUCCUUCCCUUGCACCGGGAACCCCACAGAAAGUUCGUCGAACGUGUUCAACGUGAUUAUUUGGUGCAUGGCUUUGUGCACUUCUAUGAGGUCGGCGAGAUCCGCACCCGGAAUGAGCAGAUCGCUCAGAAGUCAGGCCUCACAAAGAACGCGGAAGACCUGCUUCGGGUAGUGAUGAUCGAUCAGCCCACCUCUGCCAGUUCUGAAUCACAAGUCAUGGACAAGUUGCACGCGUUCUUCAUCACCUUGGAAUAUCUGAACAUUUGCGAGUUCUCGUUUGCAGCCGGCCCCCUCAAGUACCUCUCGGAGCUUGAGGAGUGGCGCCACGAAAACCGAGGAUUGGCCCUGCUGCUCACCGCGGACACGCUCAUCCGCAAGAAAGUCCAUAGAGUCAGCUCUGAUCAGCGCAAGAGUUUUGGCUCGUUUUCUGCGGCUCUGCUAGAGGUGCUUACGAACCAUAAGCAACUCUGGAAUGAUGCUCGCUCCAGCGCCGAGCUCGACAAGUUCAAACAAGCGGGCCAACUCCCAGCUCCUUCCACCCCGGCCAAGAAGCGCUCGCGGUCUCGUUCGGGCUCGGCAGUGAAGACCUCCCCGAAAGGCAAGAAGAAUCGUGCUCGGAGGGCCCGGCAGAAAGCCCAGCUCCAGAAGGCCAAGGAGGUUCUCAGCAAGAGUUCCUCCAAGGAAUCCGCCUCUGGCGCCGCUCGGCCAGCACGCGAUGAGCGUGUGCCAGCCAAGGAGUGGCAGAAGAUCACUGCUUUCAAGUAUGGGGCAGCGCAAGCGCUGCCCUUUCUACAAUUGCUCGCUCGGCUUGGACGGUGUCCCUGCGCUGCAUGCUCGGGGGCCCUAUACUUUUUGGAGCUCUUUUCGGGCACGGCGGGUCUGUCCGAUGCUGUUCAGCUGCGUGGUGUCCCCAUUUUGCCACCGGUUGACAUAGUGGUCUCCCCUUUGGUGCCAGAACCAGUGGAUCUCCUUGACAUGAUCACGUGGUCUACAGUGCUGAAGGUGCUCACCUUAGGCUUGGUCUUCUUCUUGCACUGCGGGACACCGUGCAACACUUUCACUGCGGCUCGAAAGCUCGACGGUGGGCCGCCGCCGUUGCGAUCGGCGCUCAGGCCUAUGGGGUUGCCGGAUCUGUCGCAGGACAACCAGUGUUUAGUCCUGCUUGGUAACAUUUUUCUUUCUAGGACGGUUGAAGCUUGCUUGAUCGUUUUUCAACUGGGAGGGGAUUUCUCGAUCGAAAACCCUCUCCUUAGCCUUAUUUGGGUCACCGCAACCAUGGAACAACUAGUGGCUGAUACUCGUGCUCUCGCGCUGGACUUUGAUCAAUGUGCUUUUGGAGCCCUGUCGUUGAAGCCGACGCGGCUGCAAUGCUCUUCUGAAUUGCUCGCGACGAUGUCCAGAUGCGCUGCCCGGGAGGCCAUCGCCAUGUUUAUCCAUGGGCUUUGUGCGCUACUUUGGCAGAGGCGAUUGCGGCUCUCCACCAAGAUGCUCUGGCGCAUUUCGCUCCGUCAUUUGCGCUCACUACACCUGCAAGCGAUCGCACCCAUUGAGUCCGGUAAACCUUGGCUUGGUCAUCGUCAAGAGGCCACAGCUCUGAAGGUGCAGUGGGCUGGCUACCAGCUCAAGCGCGGUGCCGCCAAACCCCUUUUUGAGUUUGAGCUUGAGCCGGGCCAGGCGAUCGAGUUUGCGCUCCAGGUGCCACACCCUUUUACUCAGAGCGUGCCGCUGGAUGAUCAGUCGUGCAGAGUUUUGGCCCGGCUGCAGCGUGAUGCAUCUGUUAUCUUGCACGAGCGUGCCCAGCUGUUGCAAUUUUGGGAACAGCGCGCUCGCGAAUUGCUGCCCCGCUCAGUGGCUCUGAUACGGCGUCAUCCUGAUCCUGCUCCUUGCCGGCUACUUCUCGGUGCGCCUGCAGAUGAGGCGCCGCAGUUGGGGAAAGUUUGUCACAUUGAGCUCUAUGCCGAGAUGCUUCGUGAAGUGCGCUCAGUGGACUUAGAGCUCCCUCAAUUUCUUCUGCAUGGUUUCCCGAUCGUGGGCCUGAUCACCCCGACCGGUCGGUGGCCUCCCUACGAGAAGACUCAGAAGGUCGUCCCCGUGGAGGAGGCAUUGAAGCGGGCCUGGGAUCUGAGGCGGAAGAUUGUCAACCGUGUUCACGCAGUACCUGUCAUACAGAAUUUGAUCAAGAUUUGGGAGGCAUCGCUUGAGGAUGUGAAUGAAGGUUCGUGUUUGGGACCGUUCGCGUCCGAAAGUGAAGUUUCUAAGAUCUCAGGGUGUGAAGACUGGAUCCCUACACAAAGGUUUGAGGUAGUCCAGAAGAACAAAGUUCGUGGAUGUGACAGCGCCACCACCAACAUGAUCAACCAGGUCACGGAGAUCUCUGAGAAGCUCCAGCUGCCGUCAACGGACUCCAAUGUGGCUGCACUGAGGCGUCUUCGCUCGUUAAAGCCAGAAGAAGCUCUCUGCGGCUGGGUCCUUGACGAGAGGAAAGCUUAUCGUCAAGUGGCAGUGCGACCUGAUCAGAGGAAGUUCUCUGUGAUUUGCUUGAAGAAUCCGGAGGUUGGCUCCCCGCAUUUCUUCAUCAUGGUCGGUCAUUCUUUUGGGCUGAUCUCCGCGGUAUAUAACUAUAACAGAAGGUCAGCUGCGAUCAACGAGAUCUUGGUCUCUUUGUUUGGUUUGCUCGCUUUCAGUUUUUACGAUGAUAAGUACGGCUUCGAGCCGGCCUCGACAGUAGCCAGUGCCAAGCAGAUCGCCGAGAGUGUUCACUUCUGGCUAGGUGCCCAGUUUGAUCAGAAGAAGCUGCAGCUAUCCAGGUCGCCUACGAUCCUAGGCGUCACCUACAACCUGGAGCUCAUGCAACUGGAGAUCAAGGCCGAUCGGAAAGAGGAGCUCUCUGGCGAAAUCGACGCGAUCUUGGCUUCUGGUUUACUCGAUCCGGGCUCAGCGGGGAAGUUGAAGGGCAAGCUCAUGUUUGGUGCCUCGCAGCUGUGGGGCAAGGUAGGCCGUGCAUUUCUCAGAGUGAUCUCGGAAAGGCAAUAUUUGCGUUUCCCGAUCGGCUCAGAGUUAAGCUGGACCCGCCCCUGCGUGAGGCUCAAUUGCAAUGGAAGAAGCUUGUUCAACAUGGUCCUCCGCGGCCUAUCGACAUGGUCGGCGAAAAGUGCUCGGAUGAUCUUCACGGAUGGAUUCACGCCGGAUCCUCGCUCUGCAGAGAAGCUGCCUGAUCGUGUUGGUGCAGUCCUGUUUGAUCGGCGCUCCCGCAGGCCCAAGCAGUUCACUGCUGUGGUGCCCGAGGAAGUGAAAAACAGGUGGCUCACCCGCAGCACUCAGAUUGUUCCGGUUGAAAUGAUCGCUGCUGUUCUGGCGCUUGAAACUUUCGCUGAUCGGAUCCGAGGGGCAGAUAUUUUGUUGCUCAUAGACUCGGAAGCAGUUGAGUCUGCUUUGAUCAAAGGAUACUCAAGCAAAGAAGAUCUUUGUCAUAUCAUUUCGGUCUUUUGGGACCUAGCUUUUCAGCUGCGAGUUAGAGUGUUCAUCGAUAGAAUUUCAACAGACGCCAACCCGGCUGAUUGGCCUUCACGUAACAAACUCCAUUUAGGCGAAGCGGUAGGAUGGCAGACUGUUCAAGUGAUCUGGCCGUCGGCCUUGAAAUAG